CCUUGCCCAACACAAGUUAUAAAUUCGGGCACCACCGGGAAUCGAACCCGAGACCCCAGGAUUACAAGCCCAGCGUUCUAACCGCUAGACCACUCUUAGUUUAAUAUAUUCGUCUUAGCAAUCUGUUGCCAUGCUAUUCCUUCAGAAACAGACACUGAAUCUCACACCUAUAAAGAACCAGGCCCGAAUAAGAGCCUAAAACUUCUUGCUUCAUGAAGAUGGUGACAAAAACAUAGUUUUGGGUCAGAGUGGUCAUGGGAUGUAGCAAAAUACAAGCCGAUGAGAGCACAUAUUUAUCUGAUUUAAUAAUUCAUCCAUGAAUAGUAUUUCGAUCCUUUGCUUUGAAUUUUAUUUUAUAAUGAGGGGUCCCCAUAAUUUGUUAAAUUCACUAAAUAUUAUAACGUCGAUCAAAUCAAGGAGAAUGAAAGGAAUAAUUAUGCAUACAACAUUUUCGUCUUAAAUCCAAAAGGGAAGAAGUUACUUGGAAGACCUGGCAAUAUACGUGAAGAUAAUAUUAAAAGUUAUCGAACUGUAGUUUGUAGACUGGAUUCAACCCCUCCCCCUUAGGAUAAAAACCAAUGGCAGACUCUUGUAAAUACGAUAAUUAACAUCCUGCUUCCAUAAAAUCUGCCCAAUUUAUUUAAUUGUAAAUUAAAUAAUAUAUAUAAUAAAUAUUGUGGGAUGGUUUGAUUCGGAAUUGGCGAAGCAUUUGUCAAGCCAGAAAAGUUUACGUAAAGAGAAAUUCGGAGUUAGCCAACUGUGGAAACCGAAAUCAAAUUGAAACCUUAUCACCUUGAAGGCUUUGAAUGAUUAGACGAGGGCGUUAUCAAAAUGCGCAAUUGCUCCCAGCUUUCGUAUCUUGAUAAGGGUCCUCGGUAAAGGAGAUUGAUAUAAAGCCAGUAUCUGGCGCACUGCGUGAAUACGUGGAUUUAUCAGUAAAUCAUCCGUUGAAUUCGUCGUGUCAACUUCAUUGGUAAGAAUGAAAGGGGAAUAGGCUUAUAGGCGUGACGAAAAACUUAGGCUCGAAGAGGAACGCCUGAGGAAAAACAAGCAAGCCUGCGGGUUUAACCGGGUAUGUCCAACCGUUCUAUUGUGUGUGUGUUCGCAAUGGAACAAUUUACGCAUCCUUAAUUUAACCCCCAAACAGAUUACGCGCGUUAUAACUGAGGUCUUGGCGUCAGAUGGAUAGAUGCAGGUAUAUACCGGGUGUGCCAGUGAUCCAUAAAUUUGUGGACUAACGGACGGACGAUUGUUAUGGGUGACAGAAUAGACGGAACGAAUGGAUCAGUGUCCUGGUACAUGGGCAUUUUGAUGUAAAAUAAAUCACUGGAUCAUUCGAUGAACGGAUAUUUGUAUGGCUGGAUGCAAGAAUCGAUUAACUGGUGGGUGUUUUACUAGGAAAGAAACGUUCUUUUAAUAAAUUCAUAUGAUAUGCGGGAAAUUAAUUUUUUUUCCCCCCCUUUAGCUAUGAGAAUUGUUGGUUUUGUGGUUGUCUCACAAGGAUUUAAGUAGGUCGGUGCAUUACGGUCUCACCACUUAAACUGAGACGUAUUCUUUAAAUAAUUCGUACAAAAAAUUCAUGUGGUAAUUUUAGUAAUAUUAGCCGCAUGGACAAUAUGUAGUUUAGUGUUAUCCUGUAAUAAAACAUCAAUAUGACAUGUGUCUGGGUUUCAGUAAAAAAUGCGUCAGAAGAAAUUAGCUCACCCCAAAAUAAAACCAGCUCGCCCUUUAUCACAAUGCAAACGGUUCGUAUCGUACUCUGGAAGAGGAUUUGGACAACAACCAAAAGACAAGAGAAUUACAAAACCAGGAAAAAUUGUAUCCACAUCCAAGGACAUAUGGACAGCCUUCUACAUCAACGGUCGUCCUAAAUUCCUCAAGAAAUGCAUAACACUGUGCCACGUAGUGUUCAACGAAACAGCCACGGCUGAACAGUUCUGGGAAAUCAGUUACAGUCAUCUGCCCGGUCCACACGCAGAAAUCAAGGUUCUGCGCAACAUCAAGGCGAGGGAGCUGUGCCUGGGGUAUCGAACAAGAAUUGUGACUCUGUUCUUGUCAUAUUCUCCGUGUGCCAACUGUGCCAACUUCAUCAUAGAGUUCUCCAGAACGAGACCCCAAUGCACAGUGUAUAUACGGUUUACUUGUCUCUUUAGACACCCGGAGGAAAUUCACCGUGACGGGCUCCGUCGGCUGAACGCUGAGCCCGGGAUUUCUCUCGGCGUAUUCACAGUAUAUGAAUGGCGACGUCUGGCCGAAGCGACUGGGAUGCCCUUCCGAAACGUCGUUCCAAAUCGAGACGCCUGGGAUUCCAAAUGGAAAAUAAUGUUUGAACGUAUCCUGGCCGACACGGUACAGAAUCAAUCCACACACGUCGUGUCACCUAACAUGACGAUUUCGGACACCCCUGCUCCAACAGAACACCAGGUGACAGAUCCUGGUACAAGAUGGAGUAGUGCUUCUUCGUGGGACAUUGUCUCUCGCACACAAGACCAGAGUAACGGACGACGUCGAGAUAUUGUGCUGGAUAUAACAAGACUCCAAAUUCCUCACGUAUCGAACAAGUCCAUGAAUCAACCCGCACACUUUGUGCCAUCUCAAGAGAGAGAAUGUACUCGUGACAUGACGAUUCGAGCUGUUCCUUUUCCGCGAGAAAAUGAAGUAAGAGCUCCUGCUUCAGAAUGGAGCAGAGCUUCUUCGUGGGACACCACCUCUCGGACGCAUCGAGAGAAUCACGAAGAUCGUGAAGUUUUGUUGGAUUCAACAACAAUUCAAAUUCCUCAGGAUGAGGAAUUAGUCGCCCAAAACACGGAACAGAGAAAAAGGAAUCAGACCGUCUGCUACGUUGUGCUGAUUCUAGGGAUAAUAUUGACUCUCGCAAUUACCCCAUCUGUUGUCUUUACUUAAGCAUCAAUAAGCCUUAAGUCUUAAGACUCACAGUAAUCGAUAAUCGCCAAAAUAUAAAAUUACGGUCGAUAAAAACCACGAAUAUUAGCCAUCAAUAUGUUAUUUCCGAAUACAAAAUUUAUCUUCAAUUGUUCAAUACCUUCGCCUUUUAAACGAGUAUUCAUUUUAAUUAGACAUUAAUUACCACUCUUAUAAAUUUAAAAUCACCACCUUACUAACAUCCACCAAUUCAUUCCACUGAUCAUUCUCGAUAUUGUUUAAACUGGAAAGAGUCUAUGUGACCUAAAUAAGUCUCUAGGUUUCACGGCGAUAAAAAUGUGGUUUUUCUUGUCCGGAUUUUGAUGUUCUGUAGUUUUACAGGUGGUUACCACCUUCAUAACAAUACAUAGAGACGCGGACAAACAUCCAUGCCUCGAGUGGGAUUCGAACCCACGAUCACAUUGUCCAAGGCCCACGCCUCAGACCGUUCACUCGUUUACUAAAAUGACGAUUCAUUGCAUUCCAAUUUCCCCCUACCAGGAGCUUCCAAGAGAUAAUAUCGACUCUAUGAGGCGAUGAAAUAAAUAUUUGAAUGAGAAUAUCUUUUACUGUACAGUUACUGUGAUAUCACUGAACUUCUGCAUUGUAAUGUCAAGCUCUUUUCCAUUAGUGCACAUCUUGAGCACUCGGGUACUUGUGGGUUAUCGGGACACAUCGCUUUAAAAAUAGGUUAUGUUACGUUAAUGUGUGGAUAAAUGACAUAUACUUGAAA